CGUGACCACAAAAUGGUGGAAGCUGUGAGCUGUUUGUAAGCUGAGCAUCUCUACCAAGAGGCUGGAAGCAGGCGGCAGGCAGGGAAGUUGGAGGUACAUCCAUGCUCUGAGACACAAGAGGACAGAGAUUCCCGUGCCCCAGCAGCGGCCCCCCGGGUGAUGAGGGGAUGGACCUGGCGUCUGAGAGUAAGAUGAACUCGGAGGGGGGCGAAGGCAGACCAGCCCCUCCCACCUCUCUACCCCUGCAAGGAGGCUCCACCCAAAGAAAGAAGCUCUCCGCUCCUCGUAUCAGCCUGUCACUGGACCAGAGCGAGGAUGACCUCGGGGAGACGCCUGACGACCUUGACAUAAACGUCGACGACCUUGAUACUCCGGAUGAGGGAGACUACCUGGACUACACAGACCAUGAAAUGGACUGGGAAGACCCCAAAGCGGCUAAUAGGAGCGGGCCAAAGGAGCCGCACGAACCGAUCCCGACUUACAGUGCCGAGGAGGAGCGUCAGGACGGGAAGCUGUGGAGGACGGUCAUCAUCGGCGAGCAGGAGCAUCGCAUCAACAUGAAGUGCAUCGAGCCCUACCAGAGAGUCAUCUCCCAUGGAGGCUACUACGGCAAUGGAGUCAACGCCAUCAUAGUGUUUGCGGCCUGUUUCCUGCCUGACAGUGACAGAGAGGACUACCACGAAGUAAUGGAGAACCUCUUCCUCUAUGUGAUCAGCACACUGGAGCUGAUGGUGGCAGAGGACUACAUGAUCGUGUAUCUGAACGGAGCAACGCCCCACAGGAGGAUGCCCGGCCUCGGCUGGCUCAAGAAAUGUUACCAGAUGAUUGACAGAAGGCUCAGGAAGAACUUGAAAUCCUUCAUUAUCCUCCAUCCAUCAUGGUUCAUUAGGACCAUUUUAGCCAUUACCAAGCCCUUCAUCAGCGCGAAGUUCAGCAGUAAAAUAAAGUACGUGAACAGCUUGGACGAGCUGCAAGAACUCAUCCCCAUGGAAUACAUCCAUAUCCCAGAGUGCAUCAUUAGACUUGACGAGGAGCUGAAGGAAGCAGCGGAGAACUCAAAAAUGAGUAAUUUUCUGCAGGGACCGGAGCCAACAGCAGGCAGAACAGACAGACCAGACCAAGCCAGUGCCAGCAGCUCUUAAAACCCCAAAAGUCCUUCGGCAACAGAGACGGAUGGAUCGCCUAAUGUUAAAUGUUGCUCCAGAUUUUUAUGACUGUGUUGGAAAAGUGGAGACAAAGGCAUGGUAAAAAAAAAAAAAAAAAAAAAAGCGUCUGUGUCAGUGUUUGUCGAUUAGACACUGGAGUUUAAUAUAAGAACACACCGUAGCACCAAACACACCGAGCUAGAUCUCAUACUUAAGUGACUGCCGGAGCAUCUCCUAUGUGUGCCACCUUACAGCCGCAGUCUCACAUCAUGUAGGUGAAACAGCGAUGACGCUUGACAACACGAGACGUACCGUCGUCCUCGCUCACAAUAGGGUAGGACAUACAGUCGCACACCAGACAGUGCACUGAACACAUCCAUUCUUAGGUUCUAAAAGUUCUAAGUGCUGUCGCUGUAUGCAUGGCAGGCAGUGAAGCAAUAAUAUCACACUUUAUAUGCUACAGUCUCAGUAUUUCAGAUGAAGAUACCGGUGGUGUGUCAGCAGUCUACAAUGAAAGCGCAGGGUAUGAAAAAAAAAAAAAAGAAAAAAAAAAAAGACAACAACCUUGUGGCAAAGAUGAUGUCCGACUAUUGCAUUUCAGCAAUCCAAUCUUCCUUGGUACUGCUUGUGUUAAACCUGGAAAUGAUAUUCCAUUAAGUCCCUAUGAAAUAGAUAUUUUCACUUUAAUGAGUCAAUCUGAAACAAAAGAGGCAUAAGUGAAAUGUGAAAUUGAGCUGUCAGUUGUAUGAGAGCAUGUCCUGCUAGAUGCAUGUUCUGUGAAUGUGUGUGCGUGUGUGUGUGCGUGCGUGUGUGUGUAUAUGUCCUUCCAGUUUGUGUUGCUGUUAGACACGUCAGCUGUUUAGGGAUUUGAUCUCGUCUCCAGUGUCCCCCUGGAUCACCAGGAAAACAACCUCAACCGGAACUAAAGACGGGGACGGUUUCUGUAAAGCACAAUAUCUUUGGAACAUCUCUGUGUUUGUGUGUGUGUGUGUGUGUGCGUCCACACGAACAUGCGCGACUUGGGUUGUGUGUUUGUGCAUCAGUGCAUGUCCCCUCCUAGAUAAAUGACGGUCCUCUAAACCCGUGAGUCUUCUCGUCCAGUGUAUAGAGGAUGUGCAGAGGAAUUAUGGAUCACUGUCUCGUAAAAUCAAUAAAAAAACAAUUGAACUCUGAA